GCGCAGGCGCAGACAGCGUUGCCUGACAGUGGUAAACAGACGUCAGAAGGGAGUCUUCGCCUCUAGUCAAAACAAAACAAAACAAAACAAGUCAAAAAGAUAGUGAAGGAGUGGAUAUUUGGACAGCCACAACGACAGGAAGUUUUGCAAAACUCAUCGCUGAUUAAAAACGGCUACUUGGAGUAAGUUAUUGAAGGCUUUUCACGGACUUUUUCACGGAUUGUAAACUCUGGAGUAGCGGGAGCUUAACCAGCUAACGUUACGGUGGCUAUCGUGCUGUUUUCAAAGUGCGGCGAGUGGAAGCCGACAGACCUCCGAAGCGACUCAACUUCACACAACACCCGGGAAUUCGCUUAGUAGUUAGCUAGUUCACCGAGACCGCAGGGCGAAGAUCUUCUGAGCUCCGGGCCUCGGUCGAGAGGGUUUUACAACCGCUUCUUCGAGCAUCGUGUGCCGCGGCAGGAGUGUGGAGAAACAUGGCAGAUGGUGACAUGCGCCUGGCCGCAAUGUGGCGGAUCGUGCAGACCUGAAGCACGGACUACUCCUACGUACAUUUCUCCCAUCUCCCACUUUUAUUAACUUAAAAACACUAUUUGACAGUUACUUUAAUCCGCUCUCCCUUUUAUCUUCCAACGCUCGACAUGUCUCUGGUUGUUUACUUACAGCGGCUUUAACAUAACGUUGCAGGCCAAAUAGACGGCGGCCAGAGUCUCCACUGGGUUUUACACUUUUUUGGCAGCUGGCUAACAAAACCGUUGCUGGCAUAAUCAACCGCCGUACGUUUUUACAACUUUGAUUAAACUGGACUGGUUUGUGACUGUUAAGUUUUUGUGGAGGUUUUUUUAUACUCGUGGAGAGCCCAGACAUCACGUUGUUUACAAGUGAAGACGGACAGGGGCUGUCCUGAGAAGCUCUUUUGUAACAGUAGCCAGCUAAUCCCUGUUUGUAGUCUUCAAAGCUUUACAGUAUAAAAAAAAAGGAGUUGAAUUACAAACUAUAUAUCUAAUUUGACAAAUUUGUUACGAAAUUUUGAUUUAUUCCUAAAAUCUUUUCAGACACAUUUAAAGUAUACUUUUUACAACAUUUACCCGUUGACAAAUACUUACGUUGAGUGUUUAUUAACAGGAAUGGCAUUAUUCUGUAUCCAUAUACCUUUACAAUUUUGGUAUUCAUUUUCAGGUGAGUCCAAACCUCUGUAGAUCCAGAUGUUUUGGUGCUCAUUGCCACUCUGCCACUUUUGUUUUUAUUUAAUUCAAACAAAGGGACUCUCAUCUCAGCCUUCCUUCAUUCUAUAUAAAUCGAAAGGUUUAUGAUAGUUACUAUUAAGGAGAUUAUUUGGGUUCCCUAAUCUCCAAUCGGAGGAUUAACUGAGGCUAUUGGUGUGUCCAGAUUAUUACGUCUCCUCUCCAGGCCCCUCUGUUUACACCCCCGCAGUGGCUGAAGCAAUUUUCUUUUGUGUUUUUUUUUUAACGCAUGAUCUACUCAAAGUUUACUUUUAACUUUUCAAGGUAGCCUAGAUGUUUUGAGUGGUCUUAUCUUUUUGGUUGAGUGGAAGUUCAGAGGACCGCCAUGGAGAAGUUGUCGGUGCCCCCGAUUGACCCAGAUUUCGAGCCGCAGAGCAGACCCCGCUCCUGCACGUGGCCGCUGCCGAGACCCGACAUUUCUGCUGUCAAACCGGAGGGGACUGAUGGCUCCGAGUCCGCCGCCGGUACCCCGCCCGCCGACGAGGACAAGGCCGAGCCCCAGCAAAUCACGUCAGAGCCCGAGAAGGUAGCGGCCGAGGGAGGGGUCGUGGCCGGCGUGGGCGGAGCCGGUGCUACGCCACGCAAAGGAUCAUCUCGGCGCAACGCGUGGGGGAACCAGAGCUACGCAGAUCUGAUCAGCCAGGCCAUCGAGAACUCGCCUGAGAAGAGGCUGACCCUGGCACAGAUCUAUGAGUGGAUGGUGAAAACAGUGCCUUACUUCAGAGACAAAGGAGACAGCAACAGCUCAGCUGGCUGGAAGAAUUCAAUUCGCCACAAUUUAUCACUCCACAACAAGUUCUUGAGGGUACACAAUGAAUCGACGGGGAAGAGCUCCUGGUGGAUGCUCAACCCAGAAGGAGGGAAGACCGGGAAAGCUCCUCGCCGCCGGGCCGCCUCCAUGGACAAUAGCAGCAAACUGCUGAAGAGCCGCAUGAGGGCCAAACAGACCAAGAAGCAGGCGGGAGCAGCCGGCCUGGGGGGUGCUGGAGGAGCGCUGCAGGGCGACGGCAGCACAGGUUCAGCGGGUGCAGACAGCCCUAAUUCGUCCCAGCAGUUUUCCAAAUGGGGGGUUAACAACAACAGCCCCUCGUCCCGCGGCACGCUGGAUGACACUGACAUGUGGACCACCUUUCGCCCACGCACAAGCUCUAACGCCAGCACCCUGAGCGGACGUCUGUCCCCCAUUGCUCCUGGACAGGAGGAUGACGAUAACCUGCCCGAGGACGGACUGCUGGGAAGAUACACUGCCAGCAGCUUGACCCCCACCCUCACCGAGACCCUCAUGGAGGAGCUGGAUCUGAUCGACGGCCUCACAUUGAUGACUGGGCAGCAGCGAGGGGCCAGUCCCAGUACAGCUCCACCAGCACCUCCCACUCCGCUGCCCUCCGCUUCCACCCUGCUCCCUCGUGGCUCCAGCUUUUCCUCCUUCCAUCAGCUGCAACCAUCCAGCCUCCCACAGGCCCCCAGUCACACCGGGACCCAGGCCUCUGUCUCUCAGUGUGGAUCCAGCAGCAAAGAGUCGUCAACCUUUAGCAACUCCCUCUUCAACCCCAUGAACAGCUCCGGCUCUCGUGGGGGCGGCCAUUACAGCAACCACGUGCCUUCCAGCCUGGAGGCGCUGCUCACCUCUGACUCCCCUCCUCCCAGUGAUGUCAUGAUGACCCAGGUGGAUCCCCUCAUGCCCAGUCCUGGAGGGGUGGGCCUGAUGGGCCUGGGCACAUCUGUGCGAGGCGGGAGGUCCAAAACCAACCAACUGCUGGAGCCAAACACAGUGGCCCCCAUGGCGCUGCAGGCUCAGAUGCAGCAGCAGCAUCACCUUCACCACCAGCAGCAGCCGCACCAGCAGCCACAACAACAACACCAGCAUCACUCUCAGAUGGGGUUGGGGAUGAUCCUCUCAGGUAUGUCUCAGGACCCGUCGCAGCUCUCUGCCCUCAAAGCCCAGCAUGCCACGGUGCCAGCGGUGGGCUCUCAUCACGGAGGGCCCAUCGCCUCAGCCAAUCCCGGCUUGAGCCUGCAGGGGAUGAGUCAGUUCGGAGCUCCGUCCUGCUUCCAGACCGGUCAGGACCGACUGCCCACAGACUUGGACAUUGACAUGUUCACCGAAAACCUGGAUUGUGACGUGGACUACAUCAUCAACACUGACCUCAUGGACGGAGAUGAUAUCGACUUUAGCUUUGACCCCAUAAUGUCUGGAGGCCAAGGCUACGCCGGCCCAGCCACCACCACACCGGGCUCCGCUCACAGCUGGGUGCCCAGCUAAUUCCUCAGUUGACCGCACAGUUAGCCAGGAACUGAUCUCCAAUCAAGAUAACCUCACAAAACAACAAAACGACCGGUGCAUUCCUCCUCCCUGCUGGCUCAAGAUGCUAUUUUCAAAUGCAAUGCUUCUCUCUGACUUUUAAGACCAGACCUCACCCAUGUCAUGUGCCAAGACAUGUGGAGGACAGGGAGGAGAUUCAGGCUAAUAUGCACAAUAUCUUUCCUUUUUUUUUUAAUAUAUAUAUAGAUAUAUA